AUGCCAUCAAACAGGAUCCGAACGUCGAAGGAUGAGGAUAGCAAACUUCGGGGGAGACCAGUCGAUAUAGUCGUAGGAGCUGAGAAACAAGUCUUCAGUGUCCAUGAAGCGCUGGUCCGAGCCUCCUCUUCAUUCUUCGACAAGGCCAUGGCGAGUGAUUGGAAGGAGUCUCAGCAACGCACCAUCCACCUACCAGAUGAUGAAUCCGAAAUAUUUGCGUUAUAUGUGCACUGGCUCUAUUACGGCACUCUUCCUGUCUUUUGUGAUGAGCCGGGUCUCCCAGGAAAUUCUGAAUACCUUAACUUAGUUAAGACUUACGUCCUGGGAGAUAAAAUACUUGACUGCAAGUUUCAAGACGCGGCCAUUGACGCUAUUGUGGAGAAAUGCCUGUCGAAAGCACAAGAUGGGGCAAGUUGGUUCCCCGUUGGCGAGGUGAUAAGGUAUGCAUUCGACAACACAAGCGAGUCGGCUCCAAUUCGCGAACUACUCGUGGAUAUGUACGCAAUUUAUGGAAAAAGAGUAUGGCUCCAAGAUUGGGCAGAGCCGGCAAAUGUUCCGCAGCCGUUUCUGUUCAAGCUUGCUUCGAAGCUCUUAGAUUGGCGAAACGGUACUAAACUGUCCUUCCAACCCUAG